AUGGGCGGUCGCAUGACGACAAACUCGGCGGCACCUGUGAGGACGUGGGGCUCUCCGGACGAGAAUUUGGUGCUUGUGGACGAUGUUAAGGCGCUGAAGCAGGCGGUACACGACGAGAUGGAACUCAUCGGUUGCGGCUUCCACCAGCAUCGUGUCGUCACAGUUCUAGGUUUUGGAAAUGUGGCUGAUGCAGUGGAGAUUCUGGCAAUUGGAUACAUCUUGACAGUAUACGAAGACUCCGAAGGCGAGAUGACACCAUGGGAGUCCAGUCUGUUGACGGCUGCUGUAUUUGCUGGAAUGUUGGCUGGUGGAUUGGUGGGUGGUGUAGCUGGAGAUCUCUAUGGUCGUAAACCAGUUUUACUCGUGACAUUGGCCAUCAAUGCCAUCGCUGCCUUUUUGUCAGCUUUCUCACCGAAUGUGUACUGGCUUAUCUUCUUCCGAGCCAUGGCGGGUGUAGGAGUGGGUGGAGUGGUGGCUUCACUCUUUGCCUUGUGUCUGGAGCAUGUCCCCGUGUCGGCACGUGGACGAUAUGUCACUAUUUUGUGCUCCUUCUGGAUGGUGGGCGCAGUGUUGACAGCGGGCACAGCGUGGGUGAUGCUCGGCAAAUAUAGUAAUGGUGAACGGAUACUGGAGCUGUCGUGGCGCUGGUUCGCCGGAGUGGUCGGACUACCGUCAUUCACGUGCUUUUUGCUGACGUUAUGGCAUGUUCCUGAAAGCCCGCACUUUUUAGCAAGUAAAGGUGAUGCACAAGGAGCUACAGCAGUGCUGCAGUAUAUUCACGGAGUGCAUCAAAGUGGGCGUCACAUUCAAAUUAAAUUCUCGAAUGAAGAUGAGAGUGAUGAUUAUAACUCGCACACUGCUGUAUGCAGUCGUGAAAGUCUGCGAGUUCUAGCUCGUCUAUUUGAAAAACCGAACGCAGGGCCGACGUUGCUCUUGAUGUUGUGUGGAUUUACGCUGAGCUUUGGCUCCUACGGUCUGUCCACAUGGAUCACGAAGCUAUUCAAGAGUGCAGGACUAGAAAACCCAUUCGAGAAUGCGUUCCUGUUUGCCGGAGCGAAUCUACCGGGAAACGUGGUCAGUUUGUAUCUGAUAGAUAUUAUAGGCCAUCAACGCCUAUUAUCUGGCGCACUGUUCACUUCUGCCUUCUGUGCGCUACUAUUUGCCUUUAAUGUGGAAGGCUCCAAGACGAUCAUUGUAUUAGUCUCGUGUCUCUUCAACGCGUCUACCACUGCGGCCUGGAAUGGAUUCGGCGUUCUUUCGACUGAGAAUUUCCCUCAGGAACUUCGAACUUCUGGAAUUUCAGUAGUGAAUUGUUCGAAUCGCGUAGCAGCCAUCACGUCACAGUUUGUGAAUGGAUUUCUCAUGGGUCCUCCGCCUCAUCUUGAGGCUUUAUUGUUAGUCACGACCACUGUUAUGUGUGCGGGUGGGAUUGCCUCGCGCUGGAUUGCUCAUGGCGGGGAUGACGACAUCGAUGUUGUCUGCAAGAGUGAAAGCAGCGAGGAUACUGAAGCAGACCCUGAAGGUUCACCCAGUUUGUGCGGAGACGAAGGAGAACAUGCAGGUCUGAUUCGACAUGAUGUUCUUCUCAACGAGAAGAAAAAUGUGUCGCCUAAAAGAAACAUCAAAAAUGGAGAUGAAGCUGGUAAAAAACAGUUAGUGCAACGAGCUCCAGUCGAACGUACUAACGUCUCUGAUUAA